GGGGUGGAGCACUACCCUGCCCCUCUCUGACGGUGUGGGCGGGCGGUUCCGGUCCGUCUCUCCGUCCCAGUCUGUGCCUGCGGGGGUGAGGGGAGGCGAUGGCCGAGUACCGGGAAGUGCAGGGCGGCGCGCUCAAGCUCAAAGGAGUCUCCGACCAGGGAGCGAAGAGGAAGAAAAAGAAGAAUAAGGAAAGUAAAAAAAUGCUGGAACAGAUCAUCUCAAAUCAGAAACAGCACAUGGUGAGAGAGGAGGCAGGAGAACAUAAGCGAGUGGCUGUGGACAAAAGAACUCCAGCACAGAAAGCGUUUGACAAGAUGCAGGAGAAGCGGCAAAUUGAAAGGAUUCUGAAGAAAGCAUCAAAAACUCACAAACAGAGCGUGGAGGAGUUUAACCGACACCUGGAUACCCUGACAGAACAUUACGAUAUUCCCAAAGUCAGCUGGACUAAAUGAGGAGAUGAAGGAAAUUUUUGGACAUCUUUUUAUUGGGAUUUCCUUUUUUGUUUUCUGAACUCUUAGCACCUGCAGUAAAUUAAAAUGGGUUUGCUCUCUGAAUCAGUUGUUCUGUGAGGAAGGGACCUGAACUGUUCCAGAUGAAUCUCUCAUUGGAUAGUUUAUCAGUUAGCAAAUAUAAAGUUCCUUUUGACCCAAUUGACGUGGUUGCGUGUUCUGUAACUUCAGAACAGUUUGCAAUGUUAUACAAAAUUAAUAGCCUAUUGUGUGAAUUCAAGUGAGAUACUUGCCUUGGAGUGAGAAGUCAGCUAGUCUGUGGCAGAAUUGCUAUGUUUAUCUGUAAUUUUUGCAUAGUUGUAUGUCUUUCUUCAGUUGUGUGCCGCAGCAUUCAGGCUAGACGAUAGCCAACCUGCUGAUCCUUGCAUAAAUGGUGGGCAAACUUUUUUCUAAAGUGCACAACAAUGAAUUAAUGUUGACUUUGUUUUUGAGUAUGAAUGGAAGGACAGUUAAGGGCGGUGGGAGGGAGGUGGUGGUAUUUGAAUUUCUGGGAUGCCACAGAGGCUUUAAAAAGUGCUGAUUCAUGUAUCUCCUAUUGUUGGGUGUCUGACCAAAUUGAUACCGUACUGUUAACAUCAUUGGACUAUAAGCUGUAUCUAACAGAUAUGUGGAGGAAUCUAAUUCAUUCAGCGGAGCUCUUUCCCUUUGGCUGAGCCAGAUUCAUUAGGAUGCUGUUAAACUUGGAUGCCUUCCUUCUGAGGUUUGAGACCUGGCUAAAUAAAACCUUUUUAUUUAAAGUA